CCCAGCGCUCGCAUUGGAUCUGUUUUAGUGGACUUCGGCGAGCUUUGUUCGAGAACUCUCUCUGUUUGUCAGCCAUCUCUCCGAGGCUAUCACAGGGAGUUUUGUUGUUCUUGCUUUAUUAUAACGUUUGACUGUAUAGAUAAUUAUGGCCGAGGAAGAGGCAGUAAUUCCCGAGACUUCUCAGGAAGAAGAAGCUGCUGCACCUAAUUUUGCUGAAAAUGUUGCUGAUGAAGCCGAGACUAACCCGGAGGCUGGCCAGUCAGAGGAGCCUACAGACGUCGCUGAUGAGUCUUCUGAUGCUGCUCUUGAUGCAGUAGCUGACCCCGCCGAUUCUGCAAGUACUUCUGGCGAUCAAACAACGCAGGCAGAGGCCGAGCCCUCAGUGGAGACUGCUGAGUCAAGUGGCGACGCCCAGUCAUCCUCAGUACCCACGACAAGUGAAGACAAUCGCCGUCUCUUCCUUGGUGGACUACCGAGAGGAACUACAGAGGAGCAUCUCCGUGAACAUUUCGCCAAAUUCGGAGAGAUUCACUCCAUUGUACUAAAAAUUGACCCAGUAACGAAUACCCCCAGAGGAUUUGGUUUCUUAACGUACGUGGAGGAAGAGUCAGUCAAGAAAGUGUUGGAUGGUGGUCCACAUGAGAUUAAUGGUAAACCGCUUGAUCCCGAAGUGGCUGUGCCACUGAAUGCGAAGAACAAGGUGAAGAAAGUGUACGUCAGUGGCCUCGUUGCUGAAAUGACGGAGGAAGGUAUUCGCACUGCCUUCAACGACCUCAAUGUAGGCAAAGUGGAAGAGAUUGACAUGCCCAUGGAUAGGGCAACUGGUGUUCGCCGCAACUUCUGCUUUGUGUCGUUUGACUCCAUCGAGGCUGCAGAGAAAGCAAUUGAGAUUGAGAAGGUGGUGAUUGGCGAGACUACAUUGAUGGUUCGCAAAGCAACGCCAAAGACCGACCAAGCCCGCGGCGGUGGCCGUGGUGGAUUCGGAGGUGGCCGCGGCGGCGGUGGCGGCAGCUACGGUGGAUCUUACGGCGGUGGUUACAGUGGUGGCUACGGCGGCGGCCGGGGUAGAGGCCGUGGUGGCUAUGGAAGCGGCGGCGGUGGUGGUUACGGUGGCGGUGGAUACGGAGGUAACAGUGGCUACGAGGGCGGCUACGGCGGCGGUUACGCUGGCGGCUACGGUGGCAAUUAUGGAGGCGGCUACGGUGGUGGGUAUGGCGGCAACGCUGGCGGCUACGGUGGCAAUUACGGCGGUUAUAACCAAGGAGGUUAUGGCGGUGGCUACGGCUAUGGGCAACAGCAGCAGCAGCAAGGUCAGUACGGUGGUAAUGAUCGUUAUGGCGGCCCAUCCAGGAACAGCAGUUACGGCUCCAACCGGUCAGCGCCUUAUUGAGAGGCAGUUUUGAGGUAACAUCCACCCUCUUUUUCCGUGGCUUUGACCUUUCCUGUCACUAGCUCCAGUCCAAUGUGUAGCUGUAUCAACAUGCUUAAGGGCACUGCGGUGUCUUCUCUGGAAAGUGCAAGGCUAAUCUUGCCCACCAUGGGCCUCUGGUCCAGAGUAUUGUAAACAUUAAGUAGCUUUUCUGAUUGUGGCUUCCCGUUCCGUGAACGAUGUGUGCAUUCAGACCAGCUAUCAGCAGUUGCUCUGCGACAGCCCGUUUUUGAUUGGUGUGAAUGCGAUCGCAUGCACCAACUGUGCUGCUCGAUCCUGCACCCUAUAUGGCCUGCCUGUGCAGGCUCUCUCGUCGACUGCGUGUCUUAUGUUGGUCGCGUGCUGCGGCAUUUGCAUCUGCGGCCGCUCUUGUAUGUGUGCAUGGGCUGUAUGUCGGUGCAUGUGUGCCAGUACACGUGUGUUGUUUUUCUGCUACCUUGAUUGUGUGCUCUGCUCUGCAUCUCGAUCGAGGAUUGAUUUCUUUCUUCACACCGUGCCUUUUAUUUGUGAUACCCUGACUGUUUUUGUCCUCCGUCAAAUCCGAAUGAAUUGAAUGCCUUUGUUCCAUGUCGUAUGUUCAAUAUCUCGCAAAAACGCCUGGUGCCCAAAGUGCUACCUCCCAACGAGA